CUACAGGACUCCUAGAGAGAGGGAGGCGGUUCGCGCUGAAGUUCCUUGCUCGUCUGCAGGCGCGUCCUUGUCAUGUCUUCGAAGGGGCCCCAAGAUGGCCGCAGGCACAAGAGAACCAAGUUCGACAAAAACCAAUACAAGAUUCUUACUGAGGCUUUUAGGAGUGACGCUUACCCUGAUAUUAAUGUCAGAAUAGAUCUGGCCAAGCGAACCCAGAUUCCUGAGCCGAGAAUCCAGGUCUGGUUUCAGAACAGGAGAGCUCGAGUUCUUCUGAAGAAUACCCAGAAGGAAGAGGCACAACCCCCAGUUCCAGAACCUAUUCAGGGAGGAGUCGGCGCCCCAGUUCCAGGAUCCAAUCAAGGUGGACUCUGUGCCCCCGACAGCCCUUGCCAGCAGGGUCUUCUGGUGGCCCAGAGAGAUGCCCGUUUUUUUUCCUGGAAGCCGGAAGAUGUUUCUGGUCAAGCUGUUUUUGGGGAGUGUGCUGGUGGCCUGGGUGUGAAUAUGGCCUUGCCUGACCUGCAGGCCCCAGCUAAUGAGCCUUCUGGAGACCUCCACUCGUCUCUCUCCUCGGGCUUCAGCCCCAAAGUUCUUAACGCUUCCCAACAGCGCUUCUCACAGCUGGAAGACCGCAGUGCAGAGACUCAUUUGGGGGACCCUGGACAGCUCCUGGCACAUGGGAACUGGGGCCUGCUGUGGUGCGGGCAGCAUUCUUCCUCUGGAGAACAGCAACCAUGGUGGAGCUGGCAGCCUCGGCCUGCUCUGGAGUCAGAGGUGGCACCCCAGCAGCUGCUGUCCCAUAACCAGGAGGCCUGGGCGCCACUGUGGUCCUGUUUGCCCCUCUGCCCACUCCAGCGUCUUCACCCCUUAACCCUCUCUGCCCAGAAGCCCUGUUCCCAUCCUGCUUCUCCUCAGCCCUAA